UGCUAUGAUGUGAGUGCAUUAGGUUUUUGAGGUGGAUGAAGUAUUUCUGAAGUUUCAGAAGUGAGUAAGCUGUUUAUUUAACUUUAGCUUCCCCUACGGCCCUAUCACAUGUAAAAAUAUUUUCACUAAAAAUUGGAAAUAAAUUGUAUGGUUAUUUGUCCUAAGGCCGCAGUUAUCCAUAAGUAUGCAGUGUUAGGCUUCUCACAGCAUAGGAAUUUCAACAUGCAUCCUGUCUUACAGUCUGUAGUUUACUGAAAUAUUUUCGCCAAGCUAUGUGUAUUUUUUUAAAACAUAAAAUGAUUAUUCAUCAUUAAUAUCAUAAAUACAUACUUCCAUUUUUUUUUUUAUAUAUAACAAACCAAACCGUUUGAAUAUCGAUUGAAAUUUGAGGAAGUUGCGGUCAUCUGAAAAGUACAUAUCGCUACCAACACAGUGCAAUGGGUAAGCCAGCUGUCUGAGGUAAGAUGGCCGCCAUGUGCGGACGUUCCACUUCGUUGACGGGCAACGGGGACGAGGCAUCUAGUCUUCUAUGUAAAUCUAUGGAUACCGCUGCGCUGAAGCUCUGCGCACUUGGCUUGCUUGCUUAUUUAGGUGGAGUAAUGAAACCUUACAUGCGUCGGUUCGCCCCCUAAUGGUUUGGCGGAGUACUGGUCAAAAAGUUCUUGAUCAGAUAUGCAGCAGAGCUCGCAUUUUAAAUGGAAAUAAAUUGUGAUUUUAAUUUAAUUGUGGCAGCCAAAAUCGCGAUUUUCUAUUAAAUUCGAUUAAUUGUGCAGCCCUACGUGCAAUACAUUGUUUUUCUAUUCAACCCACAACCUGUACCAGGGAUGAGAAUUUUCCGCCGAUCGGCGGAUUUCCAACUUUUUCAGACCAAAAUGAUCGUUUUUGAGAUCGAUGUAAAUCCGUUGAGAAAUUUUCGGGGGGGGGGGUAUGGUUAACGAUCUGUGGUCACCUUAUAACGCAGACAUCCCAAGACUUCCGGGAGUCUCCUGCAUAUUGAUAGAAGCGAGCAAGAGCGCGCGCAACAUUAAGGUCUACAUCACGCAUCCUAGAAUGUGCGCGCGCGAGGGAGACUGCUGUGUGCUUGUUCAUGUAGCGCAUGCCAGACAAAGAGCAUCCUGAUUGGGUUACUCAGCAAAAUAAGCCAAUCAGCUUUCAGUGUGGGCGGGCUUUUAUCUCUUUUCUCGAGGACCGGAGUUUUCAGCUGAGUCAGCACAGCCUACAGGAUCGGCAUGGCAGAGAGAGCGCGCGUGCGCCCCAAAAAACCAAAAUACAAAACCCACUUCACCUCAGAUUACACAAAAGAAUCUCCCUAUCUAAUAAUAAUAAUAUCCCUGUCUAAUAAUAAUAUCCCUGUCUAAUAAUAAUAUCCCUGUCUAAUAAUCUCCCUGUCUAAUAAUAAUCUCCCUAUCUAAUAAUAAUAAUCUCCCUGUCUAAUAAUCUCCCUGUCUAAUAAUAAUCUCCCUAUCUAAUAAUAAUAAUAUCCCUGUCUAAUAAUAAUCUCCCUGUCUAAUAAUAAUAUCCGUCUAAUAAUCUCCCUGUCUUAUAAUAAUAUCCCUGUCUAAUAAUAAUAUCCCUGUCUAAUAAUCUCCCUGUCUAAUAAUAAUCUCCCUGUCUUAUAGAGCUGUGCAAUAUAUCGUAUUUUUAUCACGAUAUCGAUAUUGGUGUCAAACGAUAUCAAAAUUCAUAAUAUCGAUAUGAAACGAUUUUUUGUCAUUUGUCGAAAGGGACGUGCACAGUCAGGAAAUACAUUCUCCUCAACACGAGCCAUUGAAGGCCGCACAAUGGUUCGGCGUGGCAGCGAAGGGGUUAAGUAAAAUGCGGCGGGUGAUACGUCAUGGACGUCAGAACUGUCAGAACUAGCUAUGCUGAGGAAAAAGUCUGGAGUUUCUCACACUCUCCUCAGUCACCAUUCCCGCUGAAGAGAAGAUUGCAAGGGCGCGCAAGAUGGGAGAUGAGGGGAAACGUCCUCAGCUUGUUGACAAAAAAGGGAGGAAAACUUCAGUGAUAUGGGACCAUUUUGGCUUUGAGGAGGCCGACGAGGAGCAGAAAUGAGCAAUAUGCCGGAUUUGCGGUAAGGUCGUUUCUGCUCCUCUUGGCAACACCUCCAAUCUAUUCAGUCUAUUCAAUCUAUUCUGUUUUCAUACGUGUCGGGUGAUUUGAUAUAUUGAUUUGUUAAUAUGUUGUUUGAUUUGCUUGCUAAUAUAGUUAUAAUAAUACAAUUAACAUAUAUUUAUGUCAUAUUUUUGGAUGUGGGACUGGGUAAUGUAAAAAUGGCAUCUACGGAAGAAAACAAGCACAACAAUAUUAGCACAUAUCCAGCUUGCUAGCUGUGUUAGAUGUGUUAAACCGUGUGGAUUUAAGUGGAAUAAUUGCGAGUCGUCCUGUGGUCAAGGCAGCGUUUUAAGGUAAGGCAAUUUGGUUAUUAAUGUUGCCCACCGCGGCAUGUUUACUUGGGUUCAUUUGAUUUUGACUUGUGCAUCUGCAGCUAGCAUCAUGCUUUGAAGUAGGUUCUGCUAAGGACGGGUUUAUUGCGCGAUGUAGACGGACUCAGAUGUAAUUACAUUAUUUUUAAAAUUCCGUGCGCUUAAAACGGUGUCCCCCUGCUAAUCAUGUAGCCCUAAUCAUGUGUUGCUUUUACUUUUCCUAAUGGCGAGUGAAAUAUCUCUGCAAAUGGUAUUUCAAUGCUGACAUGCCAAAAAGAUAGCGGAGUCCACAUUUGGAAGAUGAAGGAAGAGAAGCCUGAUGCUUGCCCAGCUAGCAUGUAUAUAGUGGACCACUGGUGGCUUUUGGACGGCAAGCCGUCGGUGGUAUGCCAGCCGUGGUCCGAAGUCGGGCCGCUGGCUAGCACAAAUCACAGCUCGGGGCGUGAGUGGCUUUUGGUUGGCGCCCCGCGAUGGUGCGCGAGGAUUCGAAUCCACUGCGCAAGACAGUGGCGGCUCGCCAUCCUUGGACCGCUGAAGGACCGCUACCCAUAGACGACAACGGACGGAAGAACCAGCCACAACUUAAUAGGACUAGGUCACCAAGAGUACAAGUCUGUAAGAAAUGUAUGUAGUCGUUUCCUUCCCCGCGGAGGGCUUGUUUUUUGUGGUGCCUGUUUCAUGGCUCAUAGAAGAUAAAUGUUACUGGCCUCCCUUUAAAACGCUGGACAAGGUAAAAAAGGCUGCCCUACAAAAUGAAACCCCUGACCCCAACUGUUGGACACUUCAUCCAGUUGAGGUGCUUAAAGUUAAAGACACAUACGAAAAGGCCCACGGCCACUACCUUAAAGCAAAAAGAGGAGAGAAGCUGGAGACAGAUGAGGAGACCAUGAAAAGAAAAAGAAAGCCAAACAUGAAAUUCAUCCAAUCCAGUGAUGAAGAAGAUGACCGUCCCUAUUUCCCUCCGGCUCCAAAAAUUCGGCGACUGCCAGAGAAAAUUUCUGUACCAAAUUCAGAGUUUACCAGUCAGGCACCACAGGUCCCAACCACCACCACCCUGCCUCUACCACCACCACCACAACUCCCACCUCUACCACCACUACCGCAGCGCCCACCCAGCCAUGAAGUGUACAGUCAAUCACACAGAACCCCUUCAGUCACCAGGACCAGUACUUACCCUGCAGUGUUGUCCAACCAAGCAGCCAGUCCCCCGUUGGAAACCUCACAUCUUUUUCUGACAUCCAGCCAUGGAGAGUUUACCAGUCAGGCACCACAGCUCCCCACCACCACCACCCUGCCUCUACCACCACCAUCACCUCUACCACCACUACCACAGCUUCCAACGAUUUCACCUCUGCCAGCACCACCACAGCUUCCAUCGAAGUCACCUCUUUUUCGAACAUCCAGCCAUGGAGAGUUUACCAGUCAGGCACAGCAUCAUCCAUCAAAUCAGCAAAUCAGCAUCCAGCAAGAUUUUUGCAGACUUGUUCUGCAGCACCUCCGGACGAUUGAGGAGGAGGUUAAGGAGGUUAAGCAGCAGGUGGCUGCAAAUACGGCCAUUCUGCAGAAGCUAGGGGGUGCUGGUGUGGCAGACCUUUGCCUCGUCCAGGAAACCAACAUGCCCCUCAGUAACCUGGAGGAACUGGAGGAGCUGGAGAGGCAGCUUGGGUCUGACAUUGACCUGAAAAACCAACUGGUGAACAUACUUGCUGUUUUGGGGGGGAAAACCACCAAAGACGCGGUGAAGAGGAUGUUGGGCCGUAUUUUGAGGAAGUCCCUGGCGCUUCAAAUAAAUUGGACUGGUGCUGGAGGAAAGGUGGCGUUCAAGUCUUUACACCUGAAGAAUGUGUUACACAGAGCUGUUAGGAGAGUGGUGCACACAGCAACAGAAGAGGACCUGCAAAAAGAAGUUGCGAAGUACCUAAAGGGGGCGGUUGACCGAGAGGGAGGGAGAAAAGACAGGCAGAAAAAAGUGGGCAAUGGGGAGAUGGGGGAAUAUUUGAACUAGUCAUUUUAUAUUUAUGUAUUAUAUAUUUAUUAUAAAUUGUUCAUAUUUAUUUAUUUACUUACUUCAAACUGUAAAAACAUAAAAAAAAUAUUGAACCUGGCUGAUCUUUAAAUGUGACGUUGUUAAUUGUUAUUUAUUUGUUUGUUUAUUUAUUUAUUUAAAACCGUAGACACAUUGAAAAAACAAAAAUGUAUUGAACCUGGCUGGUCUUUAAAUGUGAUAUUAUAAAUUAUUAAUUGUUAUUUAGUUAUUUAUUUAUUCAUAUAAAAACCGUUAACACAUUAAAAAUAAACAAAAUGUAUUGAA